AUGGAUCGUUGGCUAAGAACAGAUGAAUUGAGAAAAAUACCUCUAUUAACCUAUUUGAAUAAAAUUGAUUUGUCGAAUGAAUUAAAACAAGAAUAUAUUAUCAAAAAAAUGAAAUUAAAUGAUAUUAAAAAUCAAAAUUGGCAUUUACAACCAUGUUCUGCUUAUACAGGUGAUGGUUUGUAUGUAGGUUUAGAUUGGCUAGUACGUGCAAUGAAACCCCCACUUUCUUCUCAAUCGACAUUGGUAAAUGUAGAAUCUACAACUACAAACAAUAUGAAUCAAGCUGAAAAUCAAUCAUUACAAUGGUUAUCUGAAGUAGAUAAUGAUACAACUGAAGAAUUUGCUAAAAAAACUGUUGAACAUGAUUUAUCAAGAUCCCAUGAAAUCUUCGGAAUGCCACGGACCGGCCGUUUCCGUGCCGGAUUGUUCGACUUGGAUAAUAGUGAUAAUACUGAUAAAUUCACCAAAGUUAAAUUACAUUAUCAAUUUUAUUUUUAUUAUUUUGUACCAUAUAUUUUAAUCGAUGAUCUUCAAGCGAUUGAUUCAAAUGCCAUUGGAUUAUUUGGUAUUGAUAAACAAAAUGAAAAAGUUGGUCAAUCAGAACGUGGUGACAGAAUAUAUUUACAUGAAAUAGAUAACAUUCCAGUCGAACAUGGACGUUUUAUUUUAAAUUAUCUAACAAAUAAUGAUGUUGUUGACGUUGAUGAUAGUGAUGAUAAUGAUGUUGAUAAUAAUGAUGACGAUGAUGAUGGAAAAGCAAGUGAUUUAAAAUCUUUUGUAUUACAACAUAUACAAACUUUUGGUAAUUAUGAAGUUGGAUUAAAUGAUUGUCGACAUUUUGCUCGAGCAGUGGCAGGAUUUCUAUCGAAUGAACCAUCUUAUACAACAACAGUGACACUUGUUAUAUAUCCAUUCAGUUCAGGAUAUGUUUAUCCAUAUUCGAUGUUAUUGCAAUAUCCAGCUGAUACUCAAUGGACUUUUCCUAAGUGA